AUGUCGCGCUCCAUGCGUAGCCAUGGCCAGGAUGUGGACAACACCAAGACUCGCAGCUCCUCAUCCUCAAUAAGCUCGUUUGCAGCUUGCGAAGCGCGAUGGUCAAAGUUAGCAGAGCCAGCAGAUCGCCUCAUACGACUGCCCAGCAAGCUCACAUCGACCUACGUCGACCGCUAUGGGCGGACUACGUUUGACGAUACCUAUGCGCUGGGUUGGACAUCCACGCGGCCACCGCCCAUCGGCGCCAACCAUCCCAAAAUUAUCAGGGCAAGGAACAACGGAAACUGGUCGGAGAAACUCGAGGCAUACUACAGCGAGCUACCACCCAACUAUAACAUCCCCUUGGCUGGUCAGGCUUGCAAGAAGCCCGACGAAGACUGGAGUUCACGCAGCCCGACACGGGUCGCGACGCCCCAUGGAACAGAUUUCGGACCGUUCACCGUCCUCCUUGAUGCUCUCGCUAAGAUCCGAAAGCCCCGGGAGCCGACUGCAGGGCAGAAGAUGUGGGAAUGCCAGUUUGCGCCAAAGGAGAUGAGAAAGGAGAAAGAGGACAACUUCCACAACCGACCAUCCAUCAAACUUCCCCUACCAGAUCACGUCAAGGCGUUGCUCGUCGACGACUGGGAGAAUGUCACCAAGAACCAGCAGCUGGUGCCAAUCCCCCAUGUCCACCCCGUCGACGAGAUCCUGAAGGACUACCUCGAGCAUGAGCGUCCUCACCGGCUACCAGAGACGCCACAGAUGGAUAUCCUGGAGGAGACCGUUGCUGGGUUGCGCGAGUACUUUGAUCGGUGCCUGGGAAGGAUCCUUCUUUACCGCUUCGAACGCGCACAAUAUCACGAGCAGCACAACAUCUGGACUGCCGGUACGGACGAGAAGCACAAGUCGGCCUCGGACACUUAUGGCGCCGAGCAUCUUGCUCGUUUGCUAGUAUCCCUCCCCGAACUGGUCGCCCAAACCAACAUGGACCAACAAUCCGUCAACCGGCUCCGCGAGGAGCUCAUCAAGUUCACCAGCUGGUUCAGCCGCCACACCACCAAGUACUUCGUCAGCGAGUACGAGACGCCCAGCCAGGACCAUAUCCCGGGCGAGGUGUGGGAGGAGAUGAAGGCAAAGGCGAACGCGAAAGCGGAGGGGGUGGCGGAGGCGGUUCGCGAGGCUGAGGAGGCCAAGAAGAAUAAAGGGAAGAAGGCGAUGGAUAAAAAGAAGAAGGAAAGCGCGAAGGAGAGGAGUCGGUGA